CCCACAGGCAGGACCCAUCUGAACACCACUCCGAUCGGCGGCUGCCACCACUCCUUCAUCCACCGCGGCAGAUGGCAACACUCUUGGGAGAGAGCCGCCGGCGUUUCCCCUCCCUGAUGACGACCAGAUCCAUCUCCGGCUUGAACCUCACCUGCCCGAACAUAAACAUCCGUCGCCGCGAUGCUGCCAACAUGGUGGUCAAGGAGCUAAUAUGGACCUUCUGUGAAUCAAACUACUCCACUCUGAACCCAAAUUCAUGGCCUGAAGAGAUUUCAAGAAAUACUAUAGUUAAAGCUGAACCGUUGAUCUGCGGGUCGAAGAAAGUGCCUGUUUGCAGUGACGAGUUUUGCGAUGCAGCAUGCAAGAGUUCAGUUGGGAAACCGGCGGGCAUUUGUGUCGUCUCUCCCCUUCCCCCGAACUAAAAUCAUUAUUGUGUUUGUCAAGCUACAUAGCUAGCUCAGUAUGUAGCUGAUUCAUUAUUCCUUAUAAACAUUUUCGAUCUUAAUACGCAUAAUAAGCUAAUCAUCAAACCUUAUUCAAAAAAGAAAAGAUUUUGUGGGAU